AUGGGAAAAAAUCAAGAUCACUUUGAAUUUACAGUUAUUGGAACUAAAGGAACCAAAAGAAAUAGAUUACCAAUAGAAAUUGAUUUAAAUGAAGAAUUAUCAUUUAAAAUAUUAAAUGAGAAUAAAGUAGUAGAAGAAAUUAAGUUAAAUUCAAUUGAUUCAGAAGAAAUUAAAGCAAAUAAAAAAGCUAAGAAGGCUAACUUAAAUAAAAAGAAUAAAAAGAAUAAAAAAACCAAGAAGGAAGAAAUAAGACAAUUAGAUUCUAUUAGUCAAUAUGAAGACACACAAACAUUAUUUAUACCAGAACAAAAAGAGUCUAUUAAAUCAGAUGAAAUAUACAAAGUGAUUAAAAAACAAAAUAUAAACGAAUUGAUUUUAGAGUCUUUAAAGUUUUUAAAAGUAACUGGUCAAACUGCAAUUGAUAUUUAUAAGGCUUGUUCAGCUAAUUACUUUAAAGACAUUGAUUAUAACAAGGAAAUUGAACAAACAAAUAAGAGAAUCAUCGAAGUAGAAAAUGAAAUAAACAAAUGGAAUGAUAUUUAUAAAAGUAUUUCUCAAUUUGAUAUGGAAAUAGCUAAUUUAGAGGAAAUUUACACUGAAAGAGAUAAAGAAAUGUUAAGAAUAGAAAAUGAGAGAAUUAAAAAGUCUUUUCUAACAAAAUCAAUCAAUAUGGGACUUUUAAAAGGUCGUAUUGAAAAUAAACUAGAAAAGUAUAAAAAGAGGGCAAAUGACUUGUUAAGUAAGUUUUUAUUAACCAGUGAGAUAGAAGAAUAUCCGUUGUUUUUACUAAAAGCAAUGGCAAAGAAUUAA